UUCUGUUUGAAUGGCGACUUCUUAAGCUCUUUGCUAAGUAGUUGCCUUCUCCAUCUCUCCCAAGUUCCAAUUUUUCUUCAAAGAUUUUUUGUGGGCAUAGAAUAGAACCAUACUAAAGCAAAAUGGCACCGGCUAAACUUGCACCCAAGAUUUAUACAGAUGACGUUAGCCUAUUGUUGGUCUUACUUGACAUAAAUCCCUUCUUCUGGACCUCUGUCGAAGAUUCAUCUCUACCCUUCUCCAAGCUUCUCUCUCACGUAUUGGCGUUCUUGAAUUCGAUUCUCCUCUUGAACCAACUCAAUCACGUCGUGGUAAUUGCCACUGGCUUUAAUACUUGUGAUUAUGUCUACGAUUCAUCCAUGGAAGAAGCUGGGUCAAAUCAAAGAGCUGAGGGAUUGUUGCAGAAACUGCAGGACUUUGUGGUUAAAGAUGAGAAAAUGAGCAAGGUGGAUUUAGUUGAUGGUGUUGGGUCGUCUUUACUAUCUGGGGCUUUGUCUAUGGCACUUUGUUAUAUACAGCGAGUGUUUCGAUCUGGUUCACUUCAUCCGCAGCCUCGGAUAUUAUGUCUCCAAGGAAGCCCUGAUGGUCCAGAACAGUAUGUGGCAAUAAUGAAUGGAAUAUUUUCUGCGCAGCGUUCUAUGGUACCAAUUGAUUCAUGUAUGAUUGGUGCCCAACAUUCUGCUUUUCUUCAACAGGCUUCUUACAUUACUGGGGGUGUAUAUCUGAAACCACAGCAACUGGACGGGCUGUUUGAGUAUCUUUCUACGGUAUUUGCAACUGAUUUGCACUCCCGUGCAUUUUUACAGCUUCCAAAGCCUACAGGAGUUGAUUUUCGUGCUUCGUGCUUUUGCCAUAAGAACACAAUCGAUAUGGGCUAUAUAUGUUCUGUUUGUUUGUCUAUAUUCUGUAAAAAUCACAAGAAAUGCUCAACUUGUGGUUCGGUUUUUGGUCAGGCCCAAGCAAGCGAUCCAUCAACAUCAAAUAACAAGAGAAAGACUCCAGAUUUAUAAGGGUCCUUUUCUCUUCUUUUUGUGUUGGACGCAAAUGGAUUGUUCUAUGAUACCAAGAGCAAGAAAAAUCUUGUACCUAAACGGUAUUGUGGGAGGAAUUAACCUUCAGUAAACGACUUGGACGAAUUGAGGCCGUUACUGCCCUAAUUUUGAUGUGUCAAAAGAUUCUAUCCUUGAUGUUUUGAGGGGUUCUUAUUUGCUUCCUAUGGUUAGGGUGAUGAUGUUCCUUACCGUUUGUCUGACAUGAUUUAUUUUGAGUUUGAUCAAGGCUUUUUUAAUGAGCCAAUAUAGAAACUUCUAUUUGGCAUGAU